UGGAUGGACUGCGCGUGCGCACGCCGAUCCCCAUUCUUGUCCUUCAGGCAGCAUUCCUGCUGGAGAGUUGAUAGAAAGGCGGAAAGAGGAGCGGUUUGAGGCCGCGGACUGAAGCUGUCCUCCCGAAGCGGAGAGCGGGCGGCCCGGAGAGUCUGCGGCGGGAAAUGGACAACAUUGGACAGUGGCAGGACGAAGACAUGGAUUCUUGAUCCAGCGACCCGACCCGCUUCCCAACCCCUGCAGAACCAGCCCCCCUCUGCUGCUGUCCACACAUGCUGCAUUGCUGCCGCUCCCAGGUCCCCGCUGCGUCCGUCCCUCUACACUGAGCUAGUGGCUGUUCCUCGGGUCCGUGACCCGGUCCGGUCGGAGCCGGCGCGCCGAUGGAGCCCAGCAUGGAGAGCUGCUUGGCGCAGGUCCUGCAGAAGGAUGUGGGCCGGCGGCUGCAGGUGGGACAGGAAGUCAUCGACUACAUCCUGGACAGGAACAAGUCCCCCGAACUGGAGCAGGACCAGACGGCGCUGGACAAGAUGGUGGACGCCGUCGCCAGCUCCUGGGUCAACUCCAGCAACUUCAAGGUGAAUCUGCUGGGCCUGGACCUCCUGUCGGCUCUGGUGACCCGCCUCCAGGACCGGUUCAGAACCCACAUCGGAACGGUUCUGCCAAGCCUGAUGGAUCGGCUGGGAGACGCCAGGGACCAGGUGAGGGAGCAGGACCAGGUUCUGCUGCUGAAGAUUAUGGAGCAGGCCGCCUCCCCUCAGUAUGUCUGGGACCGGAUGCUGGGAGGCUUCAAGCAUAAGAACAACCGGACCAGAGAGGGAGUGUGCCUGUGUCUCAUCGCCACGCUGAACACGUCCGGAGCCCAAGGCUUGACGCUGAGCAAGAUCGUCCCACACAUCUGCAGCCUGCUGGGAGACCCCGUGGCCCAGGUUCGGGACGGCGCCAUGAGCUGCCUGGUGGAGAUCUACCGCCAUGUUGGGGAGCGGGUGAGGCUGGACCUCAGCAAGAAGGGCCUUCCCCAGUCACGGUUGAAUGUCAUCUUCAGCAGGUUUGAUGAAGUCCAGAGAUCUGGGAACAUGAUGCCAUCUUCUGGUUCUGAUAAAAACUUUGAGGAUGAAGACUCUCUGGACGGAGGCCGGUCCUCUUCGUCGUCCUCCUCCAAGGCGCCUCCUACUGGACGGAGGGCGGUGGUGAGCUCCGUGAGACGGCCCGGUUCUGCUUCGUCCACCAAGUCCACAGGAAAGGACGCGGCUGCUGGAGCCGUUGAUGAAGACGACUUUGUGAAGGUGUUUGAGGACGUCCCGCCAGUCCAGUUCUAUUCCAACAGGGAGCUGGAGGACCAACUGACCAAGAUCCGAGACGUUCUGUCUGACGACAAACACGACUGGGAACAGCGCGUGGUGGCGCUCAAGAAGGUGCGUUCUCUCGUCCUGGCCGGAGCGCCGGACCAUGAAGGCUUCCCGCACCAGCUGCGGCUGCUGGAGGCACCGCUGAAGCUGUCGGCCAAAGACCUGCGCUCCCAGGUGGUCCGAGAGGCCUGCAUCACGCUGGGACAUCUGUCCUCCGUCCUGCGGAACAAGUUUGACCACGGAGCAGAGAGCGUGAUGCCGACCCUGCUCAACCUGGUACCAAACAGCGCCAAGGUCAUGGCCACAUCCGGUGUGGCGGCCAUCCGCCUCAUCCUCAGGCACACCCACUACGCUCGCCUCAUCCCCAUCAUCACCAGCAACUGCAGCUCCAAGUCUGUGGCUGUCAGGAGGCGCUGCUAUGAGUUCCUGGACCUCCUGUUGCAGGAGUGGCACACGUCGACCCUGGAGAGACACGUGGCCGUCCUCGCCGAAACCGUCCGGAAGGGAAUUCACGACGCCGACUCCGAAGCCCGCUCCAUCGCCAGGAAGUGCUACUGGGGUUUCCAUGGCCACUACAGCCGGGAGGCGGAGCUUCUGUUCCAGGCGCUGGAGGCCACCUAUCAGAAGGCGCUGCAGUCGCACCUGAAGAGCUCCGACAGCAUCGUGUCGCUGCCGCAGUCGGACCGCUCCUCCUCCUCCUCGCAGGAGAGCCUCAACCGACCUCUGUCUGUGAAGAGCGUCAUCGGAAGCAGCUUCACCAGAAGUAAGCUGGCGGGCUCCAGGGCGUCGGCCGCGCCGGGCUCUCUGCAGCGUUCCCGUAGCGACAUCGACGUCAACGCCGCUUCCAGCGCCAAGUCCCGCCUGGGAGGCGUCCCGGCCUCCUCGCCGUUCGGCGGCGCCGCCGCCCUGCCCCCGGGGUCGUACGCCUCGCUAGAUGGCGCUGCUGCUAAGAGUGACGGUCGUGUUCGUACAAGAAGACAGAGCUCCGGAAGCGUGGGCGGAGCCAGUCCGUCAGCAGUGGACAGCAGGGGGCGGAGUCGAGCCAAAGUGGUCUCCCAGUCGCAGCGAUCCAGUUCGGCCAAUCCCAUCAGCGCCGGCAGUCGCUCCAGUUCACCAGGAAAGCUGCUGGGCCAGAGCUACGGCCGCAUCCCGAGGGUUGCUGCACCGCCUGCCACCGCCGCAGAGAGACGCAGCAGGAUCCCCCGCAGCCAGGGCUGCAGCCGCGAGACCAGCCCCAGCAGGCCGGGCCAGGCCCGGAGCCGCAUCCCACGCCCCAGCAUGAGUCAGGGCUGCAGCCGCGACACCAGUCGCGAGAGCAGCCGCGACACCAGCCCCGCUCGGGGCUUCGCUCCUCUGGCCUCCAGACGCCACUCCCGUUCCACCAGCGCUCUGUCCUCAGCAGAACCCCAUGGCCAGUCAGAAGAAGAAGGCAAGUCUCAGGCAGCCGGUUCCCUUCAUUACUCAGCGGUCCGUCUUGAUUUUGUAGAUCGAUACGGUCUGAUCCACCAAGCCAGGAUUUCUGCGUCGGUGAACGCCAUGCGGGUCCUGAACACCGGCACCGAGGUGGAGGCGGCCGUGGCCGACGCUCUGCUGCUAGGAGACUCCAGGAACAAGAGGAAGCCAUUGCGGCGGCGCUACGAGUCUCCUGGGAUGUACUCUGAUGACGACGCCAACAGCGACGCAUCCAGCGCCUGCUCAGAGCGCUCCUACAGCUCCAGGAACGGCGGCAUCCCCCACUACCUGCGGCAGACGGAGGACGUGGCUGAGGUGCUGAACCACUGCGCCAGCUCCAACUGGUCUGAGAGGAAGGAGGGCCUGAUGGGCCUGCAGAACCUGCUGAAGAGCCAAAGGAUCCUCAGCCGGGUGGAGCUGAAGAGACUCUGUGAGAUCUUCACCAGGAUGUUUGCAGACCCCCACAGUAAGGUGUUCAGCAUGUUCCUGGAGACGCUGGUGGACUUUGUCACAGUCCACAAGGACGACCUGCAGGACUGGCUCUUCGUCCUGCUCACUCAGCUGCUGAAGAAGAUGGGCGCCGACCUGCUGGGCUCGGUCCAAGCCAAGGUCCAGAAGGCUCUGGACGUCACCAGGGAGUCGUUCCCCUUCGACCAGCAGUUCAACAUCCUGAUGCGCUUCAUUGUGGACCAGACCCAGACCCCCAACCUCAAGGUCAAAGUCGCCAUUCUGAAGUACAUCGAGUCUCUGGCUCGCCAGAUGGACCCGACCGACUUUGUGAACUCCAGCGAGACACGACUGGCGGUGUCCCGCAUCAUUACCUGGACCACCGAACCUAAAAGCUCUGACGUCAGGAAGUUCUGUGUGCAGGCGGCCCAGGUGGUUCUGAUCGCGCUGUUUGAGCUGAACACGCCGGAGUUCACCAUGCUGCUGGGCGCGCUGCCCAAGACCUUCCAGGACGGCGCCACCAAGCUGCUGCACAGCCACCUCAAGAACUCCAGCAACACCAGCAGCAGCAGCGUGGGGUCUCCCAGCAACACGGUGGGCCGGACGGCGCCGCGCCACGCCCCCAGCAGGUCCAGCCCGCUCACUUCCCCCACCAACUGCUCCCACGGCGGCCUGUCUCCCAGUCUUUUGUGGGGAUGGGGGGUCGACGGGCUGCUCCCCGCUGCGCCCCCUGCCGCCCCCCUGCCUCAGAGCGCCCCUGCCGCCCCUGGCCUCAGGGCCCUGCGCCGAGCCUUUUCACCCAGCGUGACGGAGUACGACACGGAGAACAUGAACGCAGAGGAGAUCUACAGCUCGCUGCGCGGCGUCACCGAGGCCAUCCAGAGCUUCAGCUACCGCAGCCAGGAGGACCUGAACGAGCCGCUGCGCCGCGACGGCAAGAGGGACGACGCCGUGGGAAGAGAAGUCGUGGCUCCAUCUCCAGGUCCUGAUGCUCGUCUGGGUUUAGAUGUGGUGGAAGGCGGCCGCACCGCCCUGGACAACAAGACGUCGCUGCUCAACACCCCGUCGCCACGGUCCUUCUCUGGGCCCCGGAGCCGCGAGUUUGCCCCCUACGGUGAAACCAUCUGCGCUUACGAUAAGAGCGCGCUGAAGGAGGCCGUGUUCGAUGACGACGUGGAGCAGUUCCGUGACUGCCGGCGGAAGGAUUCAGGUGAAAACAAGACGAGUCCCCCUAAAGGCUUUUGUCCUGUCGGACCGGACCAUUCGGACCUGGUGGCGGACCUGCUGAAGGAGCUGUCCAAUCACAACGAGCGCAGCGAGGAGCGGCGCGCGGCGCUGCUGGAGCUGCUGAAGGUCACGCGGGAGGACAGCGCCCCCCUGUGGGACGAACACUUCAAGACCGUCCUGCUGCUGCUGCUGGAGACGCUCUGCGACAAGGAACACACCAUCCGGGCCCUUGCCCUGCGGGUUCUGAAGGAGAUCCUGAGGAACCAGCCGACCCGGUUCAGGAACUACGCCGAGCUGACCAUCAUGAAGACCCUGGAGGCCCACAAGGACUCCCACAAAGAGGUGGUGCGUGCGGCCGAGGAGGCGGCGUCCACGCUGGCCGGCUCCAUCCACCCGGAGCAGUGCAUCAAGGUGCUGUGCCCCAUCGUCCAGACCGCCGACUAUCCCAUCAACCUGGCCGCCAUCAAGAUGCAGACCAAGGUCAUCGAACGCAUCGCCAAGGACUCGCUGCUGCAGCUGCUGCCCGACAUCAUUCCCGGCCUGCUGCAGGGUUAUGACAACACAGAGAGCAGCGUUCGUAAGGCCAGCGUGUUCUGCCUGGUGGCCAUCUACGCCGUGAUUGGAGAGGAGCUGAAGCCCCACCUGGCACAGCUGACGGGCAGCAAGAUGAAGCUUCUGAACCUCUACAUCAAGCGGGCCCAAACCACCAACAGCAACAGCAGCAGCUCCUCCGACGUUUCCUCUCACAGUUAAUUGGUCCUGUAGAACCUUCAGAACCUUCUGGACCCGAGCAGAACUUCCCGCUCCGCCCUAACCUGCUGUCCUGCUUUGCUUCUGAGCUGGAGCCGACCCGGUUCUCCUGCGGCUUCUCCAUCAGUUCACAUGGCCGGAUCCAGAAGUUCAGCAGCACCUUCUGAUUGUUCUCAACGUGACCGACCCGACCCGUUGAACUCGUCCAGAACUUUGGAUCAAAUUGAGGUUCUCCAAAGCAUUGAUUGUUGCUCUAGUGUGACGUCUCCUCUGGUUCCACCUGCAGAAACCUGCUCCACACCUGGAAACACAUCUGGACCUGACCUGAGGUUCUGAGACCAGGUUGGGUCCAGUCUGAGCAAUCAGCUGAGUCAGAACCGUGACGUUUAACGUUUGGCUCCCGGGAGUUAAUCAGCCUCACAGCAACAAAAAUGACUUUCAACAGAAAGUUUUGAGACAUUUUCAUUGGUUCACAAAACCUCCUGAUGCUCUGAUUGGACAAUUAGAACAGAGCUACAGAUCUGACCGUCCAAUCAGAGAGCAGAGAAUCUGGUUGCCUUACCUUGAGGAGCAGACAGCGGCCGGGUUCUAGAGCUCUCCAGAGGUUUGGUUCCGUCUCCUCCUGGCGAGCCGGACCAGAACUUUGCAGCUGUUCUGUAAAUACAUGUUGAUGUUCACAGUUUGCACGUCGGUGAGUUAGCAUGUGGAGCUGAAGUGCACUUUGUCACCGCAGCCUGGUUCUGGUUGUAGUAGAACCACCUGGAUCUGGUUCUGGAUCUGGUUCUGGAUCUGGUUCUGGAUCUGGUUCUGGAGGAGGCCGCUCCAGCUCCAGAGAUUAGCAGGAACCCUUGUCCUGCUGAUGAAUCUUCAGAUUUUCUUUGUCGUGUUUCUGGAUGUUGCUGAGGAGGUCCAGAUCGGCUCAUAAGUCAGGAAUGUACAGGAAGUUCUGAUCCGGUACUGGACCGGACCUGUAUCCGGCGCUGCUCCUCCUCCGGGCCUCUUUCUGUUUUAUUUUAGAAGAAUCCGCCGCGCUGAACCUGGUCGCACUUUGUUCUGCUGCAAUAUUGCAACUUGUAUUUAUAUAUUUUAUUUGAUCAGGUUUUAUUUUGUUGCUCUGACGAUGAUGACGAUGAUGAUGAUGAUGAUGAUGAUGAAGAACUGUUCAGAUGAUCUUCUUUAAAUCCUGAUUUGCAGCAAAGUGAAGAAAUAAACAGACUGAAAAUAAAA